AUGUCGUUCUGGCGAAAUCUCUUCAGCCGUCAUGACGGCUCCGAUUCCUCAGACGAUUUCGGACAUGACACUGCCUCCGAGAUAUCAGAUGGCAGUCUCACUUAUGUUGGAAAUAAAGGGGGUAAUAAUGCUGGUGCAACAUUCCAGGAAGCGUCUGGAGCCCCAGUGGAGAGCAAGUCGCCAAUGGGAUAUUCGGUCAAUUCGUUUACGAUUUUGUUCUUGAACAUCAAUAUGAUGAUUGGGACGGGGAUAUUUUCGACUCCAUCUGCGAUUCUUACGGGUACUGGCUCGGUUGGAUUGAGUUUCAUUUAUUGGACUUUGGGUUUCAUUCUAUGUAUUGCUAUGGGUUCUGUGUACCUUGAAUUCACAGCCUACUUUCCCAGCAGAUCAGGAUCAGAAGUUGUGUUUCUCGAACAAGCAUAUCCUCGGCCUGCGUGGUUCUUCCCGACGGUCUUCGCUGCUCAGAACGUAAUAUUCUCGUUUAGCAGCAGUAAUGCAAUUGUCCUGUCGAAUUACAUGUUCAAGUGUGCUGGGAAAACGGGCACGGAUUGGCAAGUUAAGGGUGUUGCACUUGCAGGAUACACUAUCGUAAUAUUGGUCGUGAUCUUCCACACCAAAGUAUCAUACCAUCUAUCCAACGCUAUUGGUGUCGUCAAGGUCUUCACUCUGCUCUUUAUUAUCAUUGCAGGCUUCGUUGUGCUCGGCGGUGGGACAAGAGUCAAGGAUCCAAAAGCAAACUUCAGGAACUCUUUCGGAGGAACGCAAGAUGCUUCAGCUUAUGGCUUGACGAAUGCACUGUAUCGAAUCAUAUUUUCGUAUGGAGGGUACAACAAUGCAUUCAAUGUUGCGAACGAGAUCAAGAACCCCGUCAAAUCCCUCAAGAAAAACGCCUCCCUCGCUCUCUUGACGGUCUACAUUCUCUACAUGCUCACUAACGUAUCCUGGUUCGCCGCCGUUUCCAAGUACGACCUCUCGCACUCGAAGCUCACCACUGCCAGUCUCUGGUUCACCAACGUCCUCGGCUCAAGCAGCAAAGUCCGCGGCCUCAACUUCCUCAUCGCACUCAGCUCGUUUGGAAAUAUGGUUUCCGUCGCACUUGGCAGAUCCAGAAUGAUUAGAGAGUGUGGACGACAGGGUGUUCUGCCGUUUACGGGGUUUUGGGCGGGGACGAGGCCGUUUGGGACGCCGUUGGGGCCGUAUUUGUUUAUGUGGGCGAUCACGGCGUUGAUGAUUUUGGCGAUUCCGACGGGGGAUGCGUUUAAUUUUGUUGCUGAUCUGUCUGUCGUUCCAUCUGCUGCGUUCAAUUUCGCUAUGGCAUUUGGUCUCUAUGUUGUGCGAUGGCGUCGCAAGAGAGCGAAUCUGCCAAAGCCGGAGUUCAAGGCUUGGGAUGCACUUGUGAUAUUCAAUAUUUGCGUACAGCUGUACCUUUUGGUUAUGCCUUGGUAUCCUCCUCCAAAAGGAAAGGCAGAUGUCAGUUUCUGGUAUGGGACGUAUUGUGUCACUGGAGUUGGCUUUUUGGCGCUAUGCGGCAUCUACUACUUCCUCUGGGCCAAACUCAUUCCAAAAUGGAGGGGUUAUGAACUCCGACAGGAACUUGUUGAGUUGGGCGGUAGAGCCGAGAGUCAUCGGGUUUCGAAGGUUCCGCUACAGGAUAUUCCGGCGUGGGAUGAGAAACACGAUGCGGUUGGGAGGCUGCGGAAUAGAGGUGUUGGUGUAAAUGGUUCGGGAUCGCAGGAUGAGAAAGGUGGGAGGUCGUCUUCGGAUGCUGAUUCUAAGGAGGCGAGAACGACUGCGACUGGUCUUUCGGUGUGACCUAGGAUAUGUUUGAAGAGGAUAUUAUUUUCUCAUCCAUUUCAGAAAGGGUUUGAGAUAGGCUGAGAUGUAGAGGCGAGGUUGGAACAAGCACUUGGCACAUUCGAGAUAGAUCGUGGACAUAUAGCUCCAUUUGUGAGAACAUUCAAGGGAUAAUAGACUGAUUUA